UGCCUACAACAUAGCCAUCUUGUCAGUGACUACGUGAGGGAGGUAACUGUAGGCGCUGUUUAGACUCUCGUUUGUUUUAAAGCGUGAAACUGGAGGACGGUUUCUUCUCUCUAACGCCGCCAGCUUCACAGUAAGUGUCGCCACUGAAUGACCUGAAGCUCGUGAGGUGAGUGGACUCAAAGGACUGCUUUCGGGAAGAUGUCUCACAGACUUGUUCCGACGUAGGGGGAGUGUGCAGCAGCCACUUGCUUGACUUGCUAGCUAGCUCAGUGAGUGGAGGGCUGCGGGCCCUCCUCAGCCUAAAGUAGGUCCUACAGCUGGGCAACACACUCUGCGACAACGGCCGUCUCACAACGGGACCACCGGGACAUUAGCAGGCCGGUCAGGACCGACAGGGAGCUGAGGAGCAAUCCUCCAACAGGCGGCUGGUAUCACUGUCUAAAGACGCAUUGCCUGACAACCCGACACGAUAAGCGUUAUGAGCCCAUGAAACGCAACAGGAGAUCGAGAGAGGAAGAGGGAUGGCGUAAAUUCAUUUUGAUUACAGUUAGCUAGGCUAAGUAUUACACAUGCAAGUUUGCUGUGGAAUAUGAUCUAAGCUUUAAGAAGCUGCAACCAGCUCGUCCCUUUUUCACGAAGGAUUCACACGGCACUUGGAAUCAGCCUGUCAAUAUGUCGAACAUGCCGGCCAAGAAGAAGAGCUGCUUUCAGAUCACCAGUGUGACUCAGGCCCAGGUUGCGGCUAUAGGUGCCGCGGACGACACGGAGAGUCUGGACGACCCGGACGAGUCCCGGACGGAAGAUGUGUCGUCAGAGAUUUACGACAUGUCACGGGCUGAGUACGAACCUGUUUGUGACAGGAGCUCAUCUGAAGAAGCCUUGAACAAUGUCGGAGAGCCAGAGGCAAUCAGUGUUAUUGCGCCAUCACACAUACCUCAAGCCGGUCAGUUGCCUGCGCUGUCAGGCAAUGCAGCGGGGGAGUUUCGAAAGGGGAGAGUGUCGGCCUCCACUCAAGGUGGUCAGCAGCCCGCGGGGAUCGGUGCUGCAGCUGGUGGAGCCCCCAUCCCUCAGCCAGGGGCCUUGCAGCAACAGCCUGCCCCGGCAGCCACCGUGUCCGUAAACACAUCCCAACCUGCUGCAGUGACCAGUCCAGCUCCUCCUCCUGCCACCUCCACCGUGAGCUGCACUUCUCGCUUUAGGGUCAUUAAACUCGAUCAUGGUACUGGAGAACCUUUCAGAAGAGGCAGGUGGACAUGUACAGAGUUUUAUGAGAAGGACUCCGAGAGCUCUGCUGUUAGUAGGACUGCAGAUAGCAUUAGGCAUGUCAACAACAGUGCAACAACACUGGACCCUGCUGCUGACAGAGACAGUGGGCUCGGGCAUACAGGAGGAUCUGUGGUUCCCCCCGCAUCGCACUCAGGUCAGGGUUUGGGCUCGGUGGCGGACGCUUCUCUCUCAUCCCGCAUGCAUUCAGUGGAGACGCCACCACAGCAGCAGCAGCAGCAGCAGCAGCAGCAGCAGCAACAACAACAAAUCCAACAUCAAAACUACAACGACGGGAUGCCUCCUUCAGCCCAUCCCGUCGUUUACCCUGCCCAGCAGCAGCAACAGCAGCUUCCCAUGGGCCACCACCUGACCGGCCAGUCUUCUGGACUGCCGCAGAACCCGACAGAGUUCUAUCAGCAGCAACAGCCCCCUUCCAUGCAGCCAGGGCCUCUGACUGGCCAUCCCGUCCCAGUGUCCAGCCUCUCUGGUGGGCCACAGCCCAUGGGACAAGGCUCGGUCCUACCUGCAUCCUCCGCGGGGGCUUCUGUGCCAAGUCAGGUGGGAGAUGUAACAGGAGGGGGGUCUAUAGCGAGCGGACAGCCAGGCCUCUUGCAGCAGCAGACCGGGGGAAUUGGAGGCGUUUUACUGGUCAGUGGAUCCACUCUGCAGCAGCAAGCUGUGAGUCAGUACACAGCCGCCGGACAGCCUCAACCCCACGGCCUCCACCCCGUCUCCUCCGGUGUACAAAACGUGCCUGGCAUCGCAGCGAGCUCCAGUGUGCCCACCACUGUGCCCCUGGCUGUGCCCAGUGCCUCCAGUGCAGCCAUGCCAAAUGUGACAAGCUCAAGUAUGCCUCAAGGCCAGGUAGCCUACAGCAGGACUCAAGGGGCUCUAGGGAUGCAGGGCCUCGGAGCAACUGGAUUUGGACUUGUUGAGGGGGCUGGUGGGGUUCGAGGGAGGUUCGAGGGUCUUUUCAACACACAGUCUCCUGUUGUCUUUGGAAGGGAAGCGGCAAGGCCCCUCAAUCCUGAGAGCCUGCAGCUCGCCACCCCGACUGUCAACAGCCUAUUUGGAAUCCACAUACCUGUCGACGGGGAUGUGGACAGGUAAUAGUCUCUACAUCUAAU